AUGGACGACGGCCCCCCGCCUCCACCACCUCCGCAUGGCGAGAAGCCAAACACCACGCACGGCGAGUACCGCAAGUCGUCCGAUCUCCCAGAAGGAAACUACGAUAUCUUCGUAAUACCCCCACAUUCGUCUGGCUCAGGGUUUCUCUAUCUUCCGUCACUGCAAUGUCAACGUAAUAGCUUCAUUGCAGGCUCUGCGUGUACGCUUGUCGCAGUUUACGUGUGGAUGACCCUGGUCCCAGUGCUGCAACUGUGGUAUGCGACGACCGUCGCAAGCGGCGGGGGAGCGGGAAUCGCGAUCCUUGCGGUUGGCAUCGUUGGUGUUGGAGGAUGGGCAUUCGGCAAUUACCAGGCCGGUAGUGGAGCUUCUCGGCAAGGGCCUGGAUCUGGAGCCAACUGGUCUGGGUCUGGGGGACCAGGUGGAUCAAGUGCGAGCAGUCAAGGUGGUGGUGGAACAAGUCACUCCAGGGGAGGAAACUUUGGCGGCCAGUCUGGAGGGCCACAUCAACAGGGUAAUUACGGCGGAAACUUCGCUGGUGGACCCCCACCAGGAAAUCAGUAUUCAGGGAAUCAAUAUAGGGCUAAUAAUGACCCGCCACCACAGGCUACUCCUGGUCCUAAUUCGAACAACAACGGUGGUUCCAACCCGGGGGGCACUGGAAGUAAACCACAAACUGCGGAGGAGUGGGAGAAAGCUCGGGAGGAGACGAGGCGGAAAGAGGAGCUGCGACGAAAAAUGGAGGAGUUUAAACGGAAACGGGAAGCGGAAGCUCGAGAGAAAGAAAGGCAGCGUGAGCGGGAAAAGAUGGAAAAGGAGUUGCGCGAGCGCAGAGAACAACUAGAGAGGGAAAUGGCAGCCGCGAGAGAAGCGGCCGCCAGGGAGGCAAAGCUAAGAGCAGAGAAAGAAGCGGCGGAGUACCGCGCGAAAUUGGAGAGGGAAACAGCCGAAGCAAAACUGAAGGCGGAGAGAGAAGCCGCCCAAGCUCGGCAAAGGGAAGCAGAAGCUCGUGCACGCACUGAACGAGAGGCUGCGGAGGCUCGGGCCAAGGCAGCGCGGGAGGAGGCAGAGGCGAAGGCCAGGGCAGAGAAGGAGGCUGCGGAGAAAGAAGCGGCCGCAAAGGCCGCUGCAAAGAAGGAGGCUGAUGCAAAGUUUGCCGCGCUGAAGGAGGCGGCCGCAAAGAAAUAUGCUGAGAAGAAGGCCCGGGACGCGCAAGAGGCGGCCGCGAAGGAGGCCGGAGCAACAACCUCAAAGAUAUCCAGUGCUUCGGCACCACAACCUCGUACACCAUCCCCCAAAAAGCCGCCAGUGUCUCCCUCGAAAGCCAGCGCACCUACCGUGGAUGAUGAUGCAUAUUCAUUCCGACCCUACGACCGACCUAGGCGGCCGUACGGAGGUGCUUCUCAAGGUUCAGUAUAUUCGGAAUCUUCCUACGCACCUUCACAGUCAACAGCACGCACAACCCCACCGCCAUCCCACAGAGGAACUUAUGAGACUAAGGACCCGGACAAGAUUGUUAUCAGGGGUGUCUACGCCUUCAACCAAGCGUUCCCUCGCACCCCAGUGGCCCAAUUGGUGUCCGGUCAAGGAAUGGUCACGGACGGGCUAGUCCUCCGCAUUACUACGGAAGGGCUCUUCAUUGACGACGACGUCCGCAGCGUUCCACAGCGUGAGUGGGACGUUAAAGCCUGGACGAUGAAGCUAGUCGAAGUUUGGUGUCCGCAAGUAGGUCCACCAAAGCCGAACGCCCAGAAAGUAAACCAGGCGUUCUUCCGUCGUAGUACCAACGACGUGCCCUCGCCCGAGGAGUCCGACGCAUACUUGGCCAAUUUCCUAAAAGUCUGUAAGAAUACCUGCCGCCUCGCCUCUCCAGCGUUCCUCAGCCGAAACAGCACAGACAGCAAAGAAAGCCAGCCUUACGGCGGACUCCAUAUCCUCCGGGCUACAAUCCGCGACCAAGAAGAAUACGAAAUAUUAACUUUUGGUUGGCAUGCGGCAUGCCUCCGCUAA